AUGAAAUCCAUCAAAACAAAACUAGUUACAAAUACUUCUUAGAUAGAAACAACGAUUAACAAUCAUAGCAUUUCUUCUCGUAAAAUUCCCAAAUUGCCUUAUCUGAACACCAAACACAAUCAGGUUCUAUCGUCAUCAAGGAAACUUGUUUUGGAGGAGAAUGGAGUUCUGGUUUAGCUGAACACUCAAAAAAAGGAAUUGAUAAAAUGCAUUUACGAAAGAUAAUUGGAUGAAGCUUUAGAGAUAACAAAAAAAUUGGUUUAACAAAGUAUUGGUUAUGAUCUAACUAUUUUUGGGAAAUCAUUGCAUUUAUUAGCGGACAUGUAUAUAUCAAAUAGAGAGUUCAAUAAUGGGUUAUACAUAUAUAAUGUGUUACGCAUUCUGGCGGAUGUUUAAAAUAAUCAAACACUCAAAAUUGAAGCACUCAUACAAAUGGGAGAUUUGUGUAAAUUACAACAAUCAUAUCAUUUAAGCAAACUAUACCUUAAAAAGGCUUUAUAAUAUGUCUGGUAUUUAAAUGAUACAGAGAAUGAAGCCACUAUUUAUGAUUAUUUUGGAGUGCUCUAUUAUGUACAAGGCGAAUUGAGGUUAGCUCAAGAAUAUCACGACAGAGCCAUGAACUUCAUUAAGGAAUCAAACGACAGCGCAGCCAAAAAUCAUUCUGUCGAAUCAAUCAAAGCAUACAUUAAGAAAAUCAAUUAUCAAUCAUAAGUCAUGAACAACAUGGUCUUAUCGAAAUUAGGUUUAAUUUAAGGAAAUGACACUGAUAUAAAAUUAACGACUUAAAUGGAUUUUGGCACUUUAAAUAAUUAAAUCUUAUCUGAUCCUGAAUUCUAAGUCGAAGUAGCCACUCCAAAUCGACCUCAAAGAUGUGUAACCAAAAAUGGAGUGCUUCAAAAUGACGUUGACAUGUUUGAAAAUGUAAAGGAAUUGCAUGAAAGACAACUCAAAAGAAAGUUCUUUGAAAAGAAGAUACCUGUAAUGAAUUAAACCAAAUCUAUUCUAAAAUAAACCAUUGAGGAAUAACUAGAAUAAAGAAUGAAAUCAGAUUAAAAAAAGAAUGUAUUCCCAUUAAUUCACUAUCUAGUCAGUUGA